CAACAAAAAAAACUCUCUUCUCCUUCUUAAGAAGAAGCCGCUCCGUUUCAUUUCGUCCCAAUUAUCUUCCAAACUUCACCAAAAGCAUUUCUCAACAAACAAAUACUUUUCUUCUUUUCUUCUUAUCAUUAUUACUCUCCAAGUUUUUCUACCUUUUAUUAUAACAAGAUCAUCUUUACUUUCUUCAGAUGGGUCUUGAUGAUUCAUGCAACACGGGUCUUGUUCUUUGUUUAGGCCUCUCAGUAACCCCUAAUAUCUACAAUAACGCCACCAAGAAAUCUUCCGCAACCGUUGAUCCUUCGUUGACCCUAAGCCUCUCUGGCGAGAGCUACAUGACCAAGACGGUUGAGAUGAACGUUGCCGGCGCUGGAAGCCAAGUUUGUCGGCAGACUUCGUCUCAUAGCGGAAUCUCAUCUUUCUCGAGCGGAAGGGUCAAGAGAGAAAGAGAAGUUUGCGGGGAAGAAGAGGCGGGAGAGACGACAGAGAGAGUGGUGUGUUCGAGAGUGAGUGAUGAUCAUGAAGACGAAGAAGGUGUUAGUGCUCGUAAAAAGCUUAGACUCACUAAACAACAAUCCGCUCUUCUUGAAGAUAACUUUAAACUUCACAGCACUCUUAAUCCCAAGCAAAAACAAGCUCUUGCAAGACAGCUGAAUCUAAGGCCUAGACAAGUUGAAGUAUGGUUCCAAAACAGGAGAGCUAGGACAAAAUUAAAGCAAACAGAAGUGGAUUGUGAGAUUUUGAAGAAGUGUUGUGAGACUUUAACGGAUGAGAAUAGAAGGCUUCAAAAAGAGCUUCAGGAUCUUAAGGCUUUAAAGAUGUCACAACCGUUUUACAUGCAUAUGCCGGCGGCGACUUUAACGAUGUGUCCUUCUUGUGAGAGACUCGGCGGUGGUGGUGGUGGUGGUGGUGUUGGAGGAGGUGGCGGAGGUACGGUAGAGGUUGAUGGAGGAACGGCGAAGGGAGCUUUCUCCAUCGUCACAAAGCCUCGCUUCUACAACCCUUUCACUAGUCCUUCUGCAGCUUGUUAAUUACUUAUUAAUUAAUUUGUUUUUUUUUUGUUUCACAUCCAAUUAGGAAUUAGUUAUAAGGUAAAUCCGGAAAAAGUCUUGAGUUAUAAUUUGGGGAAUAUUGGAGAAUAGUCUUUAUAGAUAAGACUCUUCAACGAUCCCACUUAAUUUUUCGGUGGGAUUGUUGGUUGAUAAAGAAAAAUAUAGUUUGUAAUUAUAGUUUUCAUUUUGUAGAGAAAAAGAAGAAGAUAAUAGUACUUACUAAUCCAUCUGCUUUUGUUAUUUUCUUCAAAUGUAUUAGUAGUACAAUAUAAUUUUCCUUGUAAAAAUGAAUAAUUAUAUAUAAUAAAAUUUAUACAACUUUCA